AUGGUUGCCUUCAACACUCUUCUCAUCUUCGCCUCAUCCCUGGUCCCUCUAGCCACUGGCGCUGCCCUUCCCACUCAUGAAGACUCCCCCUCACCAGAUGUCAAAACCAAGACAAGUCGUGGGACGACUACCACCGCCAAAACGGGGCCUUCGCAAGGCAAGGCCUCUGCCUCUUCUACCUCGACCCUUCUCCCCGCGACGGCGCUUGGGCCUGCGGCGUCUAUUGCAAAAACGACCGCACCAAGAUCUGCACCACCGUGUGAGAUUAUGAAUGUUAUGAAGGAGGCUGUUUUUGCGAGCACGUAUGCUAUUCCUGGUGUUGGGCCUGUUGCUACUGCUGCUAGGACUGUUGCGAAGGGUGUGAAGUUGGCGUCUAAGACCCAGUGUGGUAAGGAUUUGUGGACGGAUGCUGUCAAGGAGUCUUGUAACUUUCGUCGGGAUGAUGACUUGCUGAACAAGGGUUUUGGCAUCUUUGAGGCAGCGCCUGACGAGUUCUAG